AUGUCCCGUGUUAUGAGUAACUUGGAUUGGCUUGUCAAUGAGGGAUUCGUUAGGAUGGUAGACAAGGUCAUUAAGCUUCCUUACUUUUUGCAUGAUGUUGGUCGGAUCAUACAUAUGUGCUUUGCUGCUGGUGAAGAGUUUGGAAGGGAGACGUUGCACAAGAAAAUUGAUGUUGGGACGUUUGAUCCUCGUGCUGCUAGCUCAACUUCUAUCCACACUAGAGAGAUGGUGGGUGCUAUUGAUUCAUUCCUCACAUAUCAUUACACAUUCCUCAUGAAGUUAGGCUCUCUAUACAUUAAUGGCCUUCUUCGACUCUAUACGGAUGAUAAUGGUGGAUGA